AUGGAAAAAGACGACAAGCGCGCAGAUGGCUCGGUCCACGAGGAACAUCCUCCAGUCAAGCCCAAUCAUUACGCUGCAGAAAUGCCACAUGAGAACCUCCCAGAUGGCUACUAUCCCCGGAGCGCAGAAGAAAAGGCGCUGUGUCGCUCAAUCAACCGAAAGAUGGAUAUAUUCCUUCUUCCAUUCCUGUCUCUUCUUUACCUGUUCAAUGGAUUAGAUCGUGGAAACGUUGGAAAUGCUGCAACACAAGGGUUCGCACAUGACAUUGGAGUACUCCCAAAUGAUAUCAACAAUGCCGUCUCCUUGUUUUUUAUCACAUUCGUCCUUUUUCAACCUAUUUCUGCCGCAUGUGGUAGAAUUGUAGGUGCUAAGCACUGGAUUCCGACCCUCAUGAUUGUUUGGGGCGCCAUAACUCUCUCUCAUGCUUUUAUACACGGUCGAGGUCAACUUAUUGCCCUUCGUCUUCUAAUCGGAUUGUUCGAGGCUGGAUUUUACCCUACUGCAGUGCUUUAUCUAUCCACAUUUUACACUAGAUUCGACCUGGGUGUUCGCAUCGGACUGUUCUACGGCCAGUAUGCAGUAGCAGGGGCUUUCUCGGGUGCCAUUGCGUACGGCGUCUUCCACCUCAAGGGUUCGUUGUAUAACUGGCAAUAUCUCUUCAUCAUCGAAGGCGCCUUGACCAUGUUUGUCGCGAUUUUGGCAUGGAUAUUUCUCCCCGCUGAACCCGGAUCAGCAUGGUUCUUGACACCAGCUGAAAGAGAAUUUGCCCAAGAAAGGAUCCGUAUCGAUGGGGAGCAUUACCUCUCGCGAAACGGAUCGCAACGAUUGGGCAAACAGGAUGUGAUCGAAACAGCAAAGGAUUGGAAACUUUGGACCGUCUUAAUUUGUAAUAUCUGUGCCAGUGUGCCAAGUCAGGCGUUUUCGGUGUUUUUGCCCUUGGUCGUAACUGGGUUGGGCUAUACAUCCAUCCAGGCGAAUUUGAUGUCUGUACCGCCGUAUAUUUGUGGUGCAGUCGGAUUGUACCUGGCUACUUUCAGCUCUGAUAGAAAGAGAGAGAGAGGUUACCACAUCAUUGGUGGAUUAGUGAUCUGUCUCAUCGGCUUGAUCAUGACAGUCACAAUUCAGGACAAUCAUGGACGUUAUGUUUCGCUGUGCAUUCUUCUCAUGGGUAGUUACAUUACCGCUCCCUUAACGAUGGCAUGGCUUAGCGGCAACACUCCAGAUCCCAACAAACGAUCUCUGGUUCUUGGCGUCAAUGGAUUCGGCAACCUCGCAGGCGUCAUUGGAUCGCAACUCUUCCGCUCUAGCUAUGCACCGCGUUACUUGGUCCCGUUCUAUGCAUCUCUGGGUUUCAUUGCCUUUGCAUUGAUUGGUUAUAUUGCGUAUAGGAUCCUGCUUCAACAGGUGAACAGAUAUAGGAUGAGGAAGAUUGCGGACUGGGGUUUGGCGGAGUUCGAGAAUGAGCAAGUGAAUAGUAGGCGUUUGGGGGAUAAGAAGUACACUUUUAUGUAUAGUUUGUAA